AGCUUUACCACUGGUUUCCGUUAUCAUCCCUGAAUAUGUCAACAAACGUAGAAAGUGGAGCUCUCGACGGAGCCGCCAAGGAGGCAACUGCUGAUGUUGUCCAAAUUGACGUUGAUGGUCCACCUCAUCCUGUUGGUGGGGAAGAAGUGGGCGAGAACGAGCAGCACGAUGUUGAUGAAGAUCUAGACUUGGGAGUAGAUGGUGAUGACGAGAUCAUGGAAAUGCAACAUAAGAUCCAAGAGCUCGAGGAUGAAGCUGAGCGAUUGAGGCAAAUGACGGAGCAAGGUGCAACAGGGAAUGGUGAUGCUACUGCCUCUGAUCACGAGAGUGUGGAGAUGACUCCGGAACAGCAAGCGGCUCAGAGCCAGGAGCAGGAUAGGCGAUCAAUUUACGUUGGAAACGUCGAUUAUGGCUCAGCGCCCGAGGAGCUGCAGGAACACUUCAAAAGCUGCGGCUCGAUCCAACGGAUAACGAUUAUGGUCGAUAAGUACAGUGGACACCCGAAGGGCUUCGCGUACAUUGAAUUUGGUGACGAGGCUGCGGUCCAAAAUGCUCUUUUGCUCAACGACACUAUGUUCCGAGGUCGACAACUGAAGGUUCUGCAGAAGCGCACCAAUCUGCCUGGCUAUAACGCUAAGGGCGGCAAAGGCUGGGGGAAGGGUAAAGGAUACUACGGCAGCUAUAGAGGGUGGUACGGUAGCUCUAAGGGGAAGGGAAGCAGCAAGGGGAAGGGAAAGGGUGGCAAAGGAUGGUCUCCCUAUUAGAUAGCGAGAUUGUUGAUGAUGAUGAUGUUGAUGAUCAUUUUGCUGACUAUUGUGGAUGACAAAAAAAGAAGAAUAGAAAAAAUAUAUUAAAGAAGUUGCGU